AUGGGAGAGAUGUCGGUAAUACGUGAAAAAAGACAAUGUUCCUGUCAACAGCCAAUGCAAUCUCCAUGUUCCUGUUCACAGACAGCUCAGCCAUCAGUUUCAUGUUCAUGCCAACUAUCAAUUACAAGUGGGACAAAUUCAUGUAAUUGUAAUAAUCAACAAUAUAGUUCACCACAAAUUUCAUCUCAAUGUUUGAAUACUUGUCAAGAUAGUUGUCAAAAUUCAUGUUCUACAAGCUCAUCAGUUCAAAAUACAAAUGGAUGUUCUUCUGCAUGCACAACUUCAUGUAGAAAUGCUUGUGGUCAAAAUACACCACUUUCUAAUCAACAAACAGUUCAAUACAUCUCUAAUGUUGAUAACUCAAAUUGUGUCUCCAACUGUCAAAAUCAAUGUUCACAACAAGCUAAUCCAACAUCAUGUAUUAAUUCAUGCCAAGAUCAAUGCAGCACUUCUUCACAAAUCGGAAUAAUUCCACAAUAUUCUGAUAAUAACUGCCAGACCAACUGUCAAAAUCAAUGUUCACAACAAGCUAAUCCAACAUCAUGUACCAAUUCAUGCCAAAAUCAAUGUAGCACUUCUUCACAAAUCGGAACAAUUCCACAAUAUUCUGAUAAUAACUGUCAGAUCAACUGUCAAAAUCAAUGUUCACAACAGGCUAAUCCAACAUCAUGCAUAAAUUCAUGUCAAAAUCAAUGCAGUACUUCUUCACAAAUUGGAAUAGUUCCGCAAUAUUCUGAUAAUAACUGUCAGACCAUCUGUCAAAAUCAAUGUUUACAACAAGCUAAUCCAACAUCAUGUACUAAUUCAUGCCAAGAUCAAUGCAGCACUUCUUCACAAAUCGGAACAAUUCCACAAUAUUCUGAUAAUAACUGUCAGACCAACUGUCAAAAUCAAUGUUCACAACAAGCUAAUCCAACAUCAUGUACUAAUACAUGCCAAAAUCAAUGUAGUACAUCUUCACAAAUUGGAAUUGUCCCACAAUAUUCUGAUAAUAACUGUCAGACCAACUGUCAAAAUCAAUGUUCACAACAGGCUAAUCCAACAUCAUGUACUAAUUCAUGCCAAUCACAAUGUAAUUCUGGUACCACAAUAAUAUCUAUUUCACAAGGAACAACAAAUAAUUGUCAAUCUAAUUGUCAAAAUCAAUGUCAACAACAGCCAAAUCCAACAUUAUGUACAAAUCAAUGCCAAUCACAAUGUUCUUCUAAUUAUAGUGAUGUUGUAGCACCAUGCCAAUAUACAACAACAGGAAACAAUUGUUCUUGUCCUACAAAUUAUACUCCCUGUAAUAGUGGAAGUACAUGCUGCAAGAAAUAA